UAGAAACUAAGAUUCUCUACAGUUCAGUUUCAGCUAUGUGGUGGACACACAAAAGACCUGUAACAGCUUGCAACAGAAUUGAAAAAUAUGAGUGAGAACACAGGAUUUCCUGGUUCCGGGGUACCUCAUCCACCCAGAGAUCCUCCAGAGCCCAAGCCUUCAACUCGUCAGAAAUACAAUGUCUUCAAAGUGGGGAAAGGCUCUAUGAGAGAUCAGAGGGGAAUAUUCUCUGAGACAAUCUCUACAUUAAAAUUCCAGCAGGUGUCAGAGCCUCAGUCCAUGCUGACAUUUGGUCAUAACUCACGGGAGGCAGUCGCCAAGACUCCACCUCAUCGGCCCAGAUGGGCUGCUGAGGAUUGCCUUGUACCACAUGUACAACAUAAUUCAUUCUUCUCGGAGAAUCCAUACUUUUGCCCGGGUGGAGAUAAACCCAAAGUCCAAAUACCCUACAAAACCCGUCCUGGCUCCAUCCCCCGCAAAUUAGCGAUAGAGAGAUGUCGAAGGGAAUACUUACAUUUACAUGUUGAAGAGCUCCUGGCAGAAAAGGGCAUAGAUUCUGAUCUCUUAUUGCCAAGACCAUUGAAAAAUAACACCAUACCAGACGGUCCUAUUUCGCUGUUCCUCCCACUGGAGCUGUUUGACAAUGAAGAAUAUGACUGCCGGACUCCAGAAGACUGGCUUGCUUUGGGCAAUGCUGAAGGAUCACCUGAUCGAAAACCUAUUCCUGGAAAAGCCCUGCUACCUACAGAUGAUGAAAUUGCAAAUGAUGAGUCUGCAAGCGCGAGCCCACCUCCGAAGUACAGCUGGCAUUUAGUUGGAAUUCUUGAUUACUGUACGGAGAAAUGUCAGUAUCUGGUAGAGAAGGUCCACCAGACAGACAAAAAAGGAAGUCCUGAUAUAAGUGAAGAGCAUAAGGAGAGUAAAUCCCCUGAAACAGACUCUUUCAUAGCAGGCAGUAAGUACUGGAUACCCAGGAUCAGACUGUUAUUCUGUGCUGAAGACCCACGUGUCUUUGUUGAGCGGGUCGGGUUUGCCCUGCGCUACAGAGAGGAAACAGAGGCACUUAUUUUCUACCACUUUUCAGUGGACUGCAUGCCCAUCUCUAGGAAAACACCGUCUCUCAAUACUGAUAGUCUCCAGAGUAUCAAACAACGUGCCCUCUCAGCUCCUGGCCUUAAGCUGAAAAAUUUAGAGACGUGUGUUGCAGGCUUGGAGAAUGAGGUCAGACUGGAUUAUGACCGUACAAUGAACCGCUUGAUUUUUGACAAAGUAGUGAUGAGCUGCCCUGAAGACCUUUCACAUAUCACCCUGCCACAGAAGGACCCUGAAUAUGUGCCCUCACAAGGGUGUGUUCCGGUUCCUUACUCUGCCUAUGAGGCGAAUCGAGCUGCAUUUAUUUUCAAGUCCAUGCAAACUAGGCCAGAGCUGAUCUGUGUGCUUUCUGAAAUGUGGCAUGAGUGCAAAAAAGUAGAAAACAUGAGGCUGUUCAACUUGAUGUUGGGUAAACCACUUCCAUUGGAUCAAUUUGAACUUGACCAGUCUCAGACGCAUACUCAGAUAACCCUGUUUCUUAGAGAUAACUGGACCAGCACACUGUGCAACAGCAUCCGGUACAACCUUGCGAAUAUGGGCAAGGGAACAUACAACAUAAACGAGACUUGCUGGGAGACUUACAAGGUUUCUAAGCUGUCUAAACUCCUCAAUCUGGUGCAUUACAACAUGCAGGACUCCCUCCGUGUCCUUGUGAAGAACUCACUGGUCAGCCUGACCAAGGUCGUGAUGGAUGCCUGCCACAAUGUCCUGAUGUGUCCUCAGGACUUUGUCUGGGGGAAUGACCUAAUCACUAGCCACUACAAGCCAAAGAAGAAUCCUAUUUUCCUGGUGGACCUGGUUCUGGAUGAGAGUGGGGUUCAUUACAGCACCCCCUUGGAGAAUUUUUCAGCAUCUACAGUGAACCUGUUUGAUAACAGCAUUAUGUGCACACGUAGUGUGCCUCUGCUUAAUAGGGUAAAUCAAAUCUCCUGAGUAA